AUGUCUUCCGCCUCUCAAUCUCUCAAGGCUCCUGAUUCCUACAACUCCCUCCGUUUCCGUCACAUCAAAGUCUCCCACGUUCCCGCGUCGUCUCCUGCUCCUACUCCGGUCAUUCUGAUUACGUUAUCCCGUCCGAAUAAAUACAAUGCCUUCACGGAUAUCAUGAGAGAGGACCUGGAAAGAGUUUACGAGUUGAUAGACAUUGACGAACGCGUCAAGGUCGCGGUUCUGACCGGCGAUGGAAAGGGCUUCUGCGCUGGUGCCGAUCUCGAGAUUGGUUUUCUUGGUGGGAAGAAUGAAGACGGUAGUGUUCAACAUGCAAAGACUGAACGUGAUGUAGAUCACAGAGAUGGAGGCGGUAGGGUAUCACUGGCCAUCCAUCGGUGCACCAAGCCCACCAUUGCAGCGAUCCAAGGCGCCGCAGUCGGGGUUGGCAUCACGAUGUGCUUACCUGCGUGUAUUCGAGUUGCAUAUUCCAAGGCCAAGAUCGGAUUUGUCUUUUCGAGACGUGGAAUUAUCAUGGAGGCCUGCUCCUCCUACUUCCUUCCGCGAUUGAUCGGACAUUCGAGGGCUCUGCACCUAACCACCACUGGCUCGGUACACACCGCAGACAAUCCUCUGUUCGGCACACUUUUCUCGGAGCUGCUCCCAAGCCCAGAGGCAACCUUGGCUCGUGCAUUAGAGCUCGCUGACGAGGUUGCAAAGAACACGUCCACGGUCUCGACCAAGAUGAUGAGAGACCUGAUGUACAGAGGUCCGGACAGUGCCGAAGGUGCUCACCUUCUCGAUUCUAGAGUUAUCCAUGGGCUCUUCGGCAGCAAAGACAACAACGAGGGAGUGCGAAGUUUCAUGGAGAAGAGACCAGCCAGCUUCAGUGGACAGGUGCCCAAAGAUGCGCCGGAUGCAUAUCCUUGGUGGACUCAGGUUGAUAUCGGUCAUAAAGAGACCGAGACGCGGCAGGCGAAGCUCUAG